GAUGAUUGCAAGUUCCUCUCCUUCGAGGAGUGGAAGAAGUUGAAGGAGGCCGACACCAAAGCGCCAUUGUCCAAGGCCCAGCCCGGCGGCCCCCUCCCAAACCAACAGGCUGCCCCUCUGCCGCAGAACGCCAGCUCCUCGCCCCACAAGCCCGAACAGCAGCCCGUGCCCGAGGACCAGGGCCGUGUGUACAAGGACAAGUUCAACUACGCGUCCGGCGACUGCGCGGCCACGAUCGUCGAAACCAACAGCGACGCCAAGGGCGCCGCGGCCAUCUUGACGGAGGUCAAGGACUCGUACCUCUUGAACAAGUGCCUGGCGGCCAGCCAGUUCGUGGUGAUCGAGCUCUGCCAGGACAUCCUCGUGGGGUCGGUGGUCAUGGGCAACUUCGAGCUCUUCAGCCUGAUGUUCCGCACGGUCAAGUUCUCGGUGGCCGACCGGUUCCCCGCCACCCAGGGCUGGCACGAUUUGGGGCUGUUCGAGGCCCAGAACAUCCGCGCCAUUCAGACCUUCGACAUCGCCAGCCCGCUCAUCUGGGCCCGCUACUUGAAGAUCGAGGUGGCCAGCCACUACGGCAACGAGUUCUACUGCCCAAUCUCCUUGGUCCGCGUGCACGGCAAAACCAUGAUGGAGGAGAUCAAGGACUCCGACCGGAGCACGCAGCCGGCGCCGGCCGAAACCUCCCGCGCCUCGCCGGCCCAGGAAACGCCUGCCGCGGCCUUUGGCUGGGAAGACGGCGCGGCAGAGUGCAAGGUCAGGGGCCCGUUCUUGGCGCUCGACCAGUACUUGCGUGACUUGAACUACAGCGCCAACUACUGCGACGUGCCCAUGAUGCACACCAACGUAUCGCACCCGGCCCUGCCGGAGACCGCCAGCACCAAGCCCACGCAGGAGUCCAUCUUCCAGAACAUCGUCAAGCGCUUGGCGCUUUUGGAGCGCAACGCCACUUUGUCGCUUUUGUAUGUGGAGGAGCAGAGCAAGCUUCUCCUGGAUGCGUUCUUCAACUUGGAGAACCGCCAGGUCCGCAAGUUCGAGCACCUCUUGGCCCACAUCAACGAGACCAUGUACACGCAAGUGCACUACUUGGAGCGGGCCGUGGGGCAGAUCAAGUCCGACUCGAUCAGCAUGUUCCGGGCCCAGAGUGCGCAGGCACUGCGUUCCAUCACCGGCUUGCGCCAGGAAACACGGGCUUUUGCGGGGGAAAUCUCCUUUUUGAGGAAGCUCGUGGUUGCCGACACGCUCAUCAUCCUCGCCUUGUUGGUGUAUGUGAUUGGGACGCGAGAG